AUGGGUGCUUGCGUGCUCAAUGGUCUAGGAGCUGGCCCAGGUGAGCUGUCUCCCGUCGUCGCUGGACUCCUGGCCGAACACACUGGCUGGCGUAACUUUUGGUGGCUGAAUGUCGCUCUACUGGGCGCAGCGUUCGUCGUGUCUUUCUUUGCCUUCCCGGAAACCCGAUGGCAUCGUCACCGAGCCAACGACAUUCAGACUAAAACGCGUCAUCCAUCGAGUACCUCUUUAGCAACAAACCCAGAAAUGAACGGCAAGACGAGUCCUCCUAACCUGAAGAACGGGGUGGCUGAUCAACCUUACACACCCGUGCAAACCCCAAUCCAGCAUGGUAAACCGGGGAGAAAGCAAUUCAACCUCUUCCAACCCAACCAACAACCUCUAAAGACUCUUCUCAUAGAGCUUUGGACGCCCUUCAAGUUGUUCGCUUUCCCCAUUGUCGACUUCGCCUCCUUGGUCGUUGCUUGGAGCACCGCAUCAUUUUUGAUAGUAAAUCUGACUCAAUCGCAAGCCUUUUCCGAAUCACCCUACCAGUAUACAGCACAGACCGUUGGAUUCUUUAACUUCGCAGUCGUCGUUGGUCUCUUGUUGGGAUUAGGGACGGCAGGACCCCUCAACGAUUGGAUCAGCAUGCGUGCAACGAAGCGCAACAAAGGGAUUCGGGAACCUGAAAUGCGCCUGCCUGCUAUGAUUCCUUACACCCUGAUCAUGAUCUUGGGAAAUUUUGUGGUGGGAUUCGGGUAUCAGUAUCAUUGGGAUUGGAAGGCAAUCGUCAUUGUCGGUUACACCUGCGCCGGCAUCCAAGUAGCAUCAAUCCCAGCCAUUGCUUCCACCUACGCCAUUGACUCCUACAAGCCCGUCACAGGCUCCAUCUUCGUCAACGUGACCGUCGUCAAGAACCUUUGGGGCUACGGCCUCUCACGCUUCAUCACGGAAUGGAGUAUCGCAGACGGGUUCGUUGAUCCUUUCAUGACCAAUAUGUGUUUGACGGCGUUGUGGUGUAUUUGCGGGGACUCAAACAUUCAUGACACAUAA